CCAUACGUAUGCAUCUCUUCUAGCCGUAACCCGGAUGUGUUUAUCCCUCUCCUAAAUCUGAAAGUCUGCCGUGUCUUUUUUAGUAAUCAUCAAUUUUCCACAACACAGAAAAGGCUACGAUUUAUAUGUGCAGUCAGCUCCGCAGCAUGUCCGCAGACCUGGAUCUUUCUCCUCCGGAGGUCCCUGAACCCACUUUCUACGAGAGCCUCCUGCGUUAUGGAUUAUUUCUAGGGGCCAUUUUUCAACUCAUCUGUAUUUUAGCAAUAAUCAUACCCACAUCCAAGAGCCACGAACAGGUGCGGAUAGCAUAGUGUCACAGAUAUCUGUAUUGUC